AAGCCAGAUGGAGAAUCCCGCAAAAUACCUCUCAUCGGUGCAUGAGAGCCACUCCGUCCCGUGGCCUUUCGAAGAGAUCAUGUGGAACGCAACUGAAUCUGAAACGACGUCCGACGGCAGAAGGGAGUUGAUCAUCCGGACAGUGACUGGAUGCUUGCUCUCCCUCCUAAUUUUAUGGACACUGCUGGGGAACAUUAUGGUAUGCACUGCCGUGCUCCGUUUUCGGCAUCUACGAACUAAAGUAACCAAUACUUUCAUAGUUUCCUUAGCAGUGUCGGAUUUAUUUGUUGCAGUUCUGGUCAUGCCAUGGAAAGCGGUGGCCGAAGUUGCGGGAUAUUGGCCGUUUGGUACUUUUUGCAAUGUAUGGGUGGCGUUUGACAUUAUGUGCUCAACUGCGUCCAUUCUCAACCUCUGUAUAAUCAGCGUGGAUAGAUACUGGGCCAUAUCGAGUCCCUUCCGAUACGAGAGAAAAAUGACCCAACGAGUUGCCUUUGUUAUGAUAAGCGUCACGUGGACUUUGUCUGUACUCAUUUCAUUCAUACCUGUCCAACUACACUGGCAUAAAGCGAGCAACGACGAUAUAAUUGGAGAGCUUAAUUCAUCCACUGUUAAAGCGGUGGAGGAAAAUUGUGAUUCGAGCCUCAAUAGAGAAUACGCUAUAUCUUCGUCUUUGAUAAGUUUCUAUAUCCCUGUAGCAAUUAUGAUUGUGACAUACACGAGGAUCUAUCGGAUUGCUCAAAUACAAAUAAGAAGGAUCGCUUCCCUUGAGCGUGCAGCGGAACACGCGCAAAGUUGCAGGAACAACAGACUGGAGUGCCAACACCACAAUACCUUGAAAACAUCGAUUAGAAGGGAAACCAAAGUUUUGAAAACUCUAUCGAUUAUAAUGGGUGUCUUUGUGUGUUGCUGGUUACCUUUCUUCAUCUUAAAUUGCAUAGUCCCAUUUUGCGACAGACCCCCGACUGACCUAAACGCUGGUCUCCCGUGCGUCAGUGAGACCACAUUUGAUGUCUUUGUGUGGUUUGGCUGGACUAAUUCGUCUCUGAACCCUAUAAUCUACGCUUUCAACGCAGAGUUCAGGAAGGCGUUUGCCAGCCUUUUAGGUUGUCGUAAUUUUUGUUCCAGCACACCCGUGGAAACUGUUAAUAUUAGCAACGAGAUGGUCUCAUACAACCAAGAUACCCUCAUUCAUAAAGAAAUCGUGAAAGCCUAUGUCAAUAUGAUUCCAAACGUAGUGGAAUGCAUUGACCACGAGGACACAUUUGAUAGAAUAUCGCAACUUUCUCACAAUAAUGAAAAUGCCACAGAUUCUAUUUGUGACCUGGACGACUGUGAAGCAGACAUCAGUCUUGACAGAAUGACACCUUUCACUCCAAAUGGAUUACAUUAA